AUGUAUGUCUAUGAUACACUGCACGAAGUUGAAAAUAGACUUCGUUUUUUUAAUAGUGAUGAUCAACGUCGAUUGUCCCCAGAUGUUGUCUCACUUCUUACGCGUACAUUAGCCGAAACCAAUGAGUUUAUACGCCUUUUUAAGAGUGCGGCUGACCUUUGCUCACAACAACAAGUACCUGAGUUUGCGAUUACCCUUUAUAACAAGUCUAAACAAAACAUUUACGGGUUACCCGUUGCGGGUACUCUUGGUGCUAUUGUACGAGACAAUGACCCUUUAGCAAGUGACUAUGAUAUCGUGGUACAUAGUAAAGAUGGCAGAGCAAAGCGUGUAAGCAAGUUGCAUUCAUCAUAUAUGCCUCUUCAGUACCCGCUUCUUUUCCCUUAUGCGGAACCAGGCUGGUCUCCAGAACUUCAAUUGACUCUGAGUUCUCGGGCUAAAGAUCGAAACCUUACCAUGAAUAUGUUUUAUGCUUAUCAGAUCCACGAUCGUAAGGAUACAUACACGUUGUUGUUAAACGCAGGUCGUCUCUUUCAACAAUAUUUGGUCGACGCAUAUGUGUCCAUAGAGCAAUGUCGGCUUGAAUAUAUUCGUGCCAAUCAAAAUAAAUUCCGUUCUGAAUUCUUGCGUGGUAUCCACGAUGCCUUCUCGAAAGGUGAUACCGAGGGCCGUGAGGUUGGAAAAAGAAUAAUCCUACCGUCUUCUUUUACCGGUGGCCCUCGAUAUAUGUAUAAGCAUUAUCAAGAUGCUCUUGUAAUCUGUAGGGUACAUGGUAACCCACAAUAUUUCAUAACUUUUACAUGUAGCGUCAAAUGGCCAGAAAUCAAGCGUUACUUGAAUAGAAUUGGUGGCGCAAACUCACAAGAUAGACCGGACAUUAUUGCUAGAGUGUUUCAAAUGAAGGUUGAAGCUUUAGUCAAGUUUUUGAAGACACACGAGACAUUUGGGAAAGUUGCAGCUGAUUUAUACACAAUCGAAUUUCAAAAAAGAGGCCUUCCACAUUGUCAUAUGCUUCUUUGGGUUACGCCGGAAUGCAAGAUACAAAAUGCAGAGGAUGUUGAUAACUUCAUUAGCGCUGAAAUUCCUAACCCGACAACAGAUCCAGUUUUGUAUCGAAUACUAACAGAAUCUAUGAUGCAUGGACCUUGCAGUUUGCCAAAAAUGAAUGCUCCCUGCGUGAUAGAAGCCCACAUUAAUGUUGAAUAUUGUGGAUGGAGUAUGCUUAUCAAGUAUCUUUUCAAGUACAUCUCCAAAGGUGCAGAUCGUGUGCGUUAUGCUGUCACAAGGACCGCUGAAUCUUCAUCACAAUCUGACACUAAUGUUGUUGAAAACAUUAAUGAGAUCAAUAACUUUGUCGAUGGGAGAUUCAUAUGUCCUCACGAGGCAGCAUGGCGAAUACUACAAUUCCCAAUCCACAACAGAAACCCACCAGUACAAUUGUUGGCUGUACACCUCGAGCACAUGCAGAAUGUUACUUUUAAAGACAAUCAAAAACUGCAACAAAUACUAACCAAUCCAGCAACAAGUAAGACAACCUUGACUGAAUGGUUGAGAAAUAAUCAAUUAGACCCUAGCGGUAGAGAUCUGAGAUACAUUGACUAUGUGUCCAGAUAUAAGUGGGAACCUUCUGGAAAGGGGUGGAUCCGAAGAUUGUUAACAACAAAUCCAACGAUUGGGCGAUUAGCAUAUAUUCAUCCUACAUGUGGCGAGCCUUUCUAUUUGAGAUUGUUGCUUGGCCACCAAACUGGUUGUUGCUCCUUUGAGGAUAUCCGAACAGUUUCCGGUGUCCUUUGUUCGACGUAUCGUCUUGCUUGCGAAAAGUUGGGUUUGAUUGGAAAUGAUAGAGAAUGGGCAUCAGCAUUUAUAGAAGCAUCUAGCUGGGCUACUUCUGCAGAACUUAGGGCCCUAUUUGUUCACAUGCUACUAUAUUGUGAGAUAUCAAAUCAAUUGGCAUUGUGGCAAGAACAUUGGGAACGAAUGAGUGAUGACAUAAUUCUCAAUCUAAGGCAAGUUGCAGGAACAUCAAACGUACAUUUUUGUGCUCCAAAUUUGCAACAAUAUGUACUCUAUGAGAUAGAAAUGCUUCUUAAUUCAAACACAGGCUCCCGCUCCCUCGCGGAGUUUGGGCUUCCCAUGCCUCCUGACACCAUGGUCGCAGCCCUUAGAAACCGAUUGCUUAUGGAAGAAAGGUGUUACGAUCAUGAGGCACUAGCUGCCCAGAGUAUUAUUAUGUUACGUGGUUUGAAUGAUCGGCAGCGAAAAAUAUAUGACAAGGUUCUUAAAUCUGUCAAUGACAAAGUACAAGUGCUUUUAUUUGUAUAUGGCCAUGGUGGUACAGGUAAAACGUAUUUGUGGACUGCUAUUAUUGCUGCUCUUAGAUCGACUGGAAAGAUUGUUUUGGCAGUAGCGGCAUCUGGAAUUGCAUCACUAUUAUUGCCAUCAGGAAGAACAGCCCACUCUCGAUUAAAAAUCCCGCUAGAUUUAACUGAUGACUCUCUGUGCAACAUAAAAAAACACACACAACUUGCGUAA